AAGAAAAUAAUUAUUGUUGGAUGAUAUAUUAAUAUAUUUGGCAAAUUUAAAAUGUAUAAAAUUGUAUUGAAAUUUGGCAAUAAGGAAGAGAAGGAGAAAGAGAAAAAGGGAGUGGAGGGAAAUUCGGAUAAAAAAAAAGAAGAAAGAAAUAAAGAGAAAGCGAUAGAAAGUUAAAAUGUGUGAAGAGAAACACAAAUUGUCCCUGACUGGCGUCGCGGUCUGAAUUUGAAAGGAAAAUGGAAGCUGCGAUGGGACUGAUGCGGAGGAUUCCGCCGAAACACACAGAAACAGCUCUCUCCGCCCUCCUCAGCCUCAUGCCUCACCACUCCCCCGAUCUCCUCUCUCAAGUCGAUCAGCCUCUCCAGGUUCUCUGCGAUGUCGAAUGUGGCAAGCAGUUCAUAUUGUGUGAAUACAACAGAGAUGCUGACUCUUACAGAUCACCUUGGUCGAAUAAAUACCAUCCACCGUUAGAAGAUGGGUCCCUCCCUUCUUCAGCGUUGCGGAAGCUUGAAAUUGAAGCAAAUGACAUAUUUGCAAUAUAUCGUGACCAAUAUUAUGAAGGUGGCAUUUCAUCAGUUUACAUGUGGGAAGAUGAUAAUGAAGGUUUCGUGGCCUGCUUUUUAAUAAAGAAAG